AUGUCGCUGCCAGCUCCUCAGUGUGGUGCAUGUGGUGUUGCAUUCGACAGUAUUGAAGCCAGUCGCAAACAUUACCAGUCUGAUUUUCAUGUGCAUAACGUACGGAUGCGAGUGGAAGGGAAGCGACCAGUUACCGCUCAGGAGUACAAACAUAUGCGUAUAGCGGAGGGAAUCGACGUGGACAAUGACGGUGGGCCGUCUUUCGCCUGUAAACUUUGCAAGAAAACGUUCCAUUGCGUGCAAACGCUUCAGGCGCAUGUUCGCUCUACCGCUCAUCUCAUUAAAAAGGAGCAGCGAAUCCUCGCUCGUGACUCUGAUGCAGCAAGUGCCUUGACAAGCACAUCAUUGGGUAGUGCGGCGGUUGGGUUACAUCGGCGCCAUAACGCAAAGAGGCCGAAGGCUCUCAGCGAAGGUACGAAGAAAACGAAAGAGGUGAAGGUGCAACCGGAGGAGCGUGAGGAAGACGUGAGUGAAGUCCGUUGCUUUGCAUGCGGUGCUCUUUCAGACAACGUGGAGGCAAACUUGGAACAUCUUUUUAAUGUUCAUGAGUUCACAAUUCCCCUACAGGAGAAAUGUACAGACGUUGCAGGACUUCUUUCCUACGUGGCACGCAAAACGAACGGUCUGCUCUGCCUUGUUUGUGGGGAAAAGACAAGAUCAUUCGCAUCAUUAGAAGCGCUUAGGGCCCACAUGCGUGAGAAAAAUCACGACCGAAUUAUUCUUGGUCCUGAAUACGAUGAGUUUUAUAGUAUUAGUCUUGCCGAUGUGGAUGUGGGUGAGCGCCUCGAUCUCAAUAACAUGGAACUGGUUGUUUCCGACAGCAGGCGCUGCGUACAACGACGGGAGGCGGAAGUCCCACGUCCACGCAAGAAAGAUAGUAACGCGCGUAUUGAACAGCAUCGCUUACUUAUCGCUGCUCAAUACGAAACUCAAGUUGCUUUGCGUAGGGAAGAGCGUGAGGAAAUGCGUGAGGUUCAUAGGGAAGCGCAUAAACUGUUGAAGCGACAGGAUGCGCACUACCAGGAACAUAUGAUGAAAGUCAGUCUACGAAGUAAUAAGUUACAUCCUAAAGGUUAUGAUGGUGAGGGUAGAGUGAAUUAG